GGGCCUUGCCGCUGCGUCCCCGCGGAGCCGGGCCCGGCCGUGCGUCUCCUCGGCCCCGCGACCUCUGCCCGGCCCCUCUCUCCGUCUGCGGCGGCCCAGGCAUGGGGAAGUCUUUUUCUCACGUGCCAUUACAUACGUAUAAAGAAGAUGGCUCCGAUGGAGGAACAGGAUCAGAAAAUGUGAGGAAUGGGUUAGUUCACUCAGAAUCCCAUGCGGAAGAUGGAAGAAGUGGGGAUGUAUCACAGUUUCCAUAUGUGGAAUUUACAGGAAGAGACAGUGUCACCUGCCCUACUUGCCAGGGAACAGGACGAAUUCCACGUGGGCAGGAAAACCAGCUUGUAGCGCUGAUUCCAUACAGUGAUCAGAGACUGAGACCAAGGAGAACAAAACUUUACGUGACGGCUUCUGUAAUUGUAUGCUUACUCCUGUCUGGACUGGCUGUGUUCUUUUUAUUCCCUCGGUCCAUUGAUGUGGAAUAUGUUGGUGUAAAGUCAGUAUACGUCACUUAUGAGCCAAGUAGACGUAUUAUAUAUCUAAAUAUUACGAAUGCACUAAACAUAACAAACAACAAUUAUUAUUCUGUUGAAGUGGCAAAUAUUACAGCCCAAGUUCAGUUCUCAAAAACAGUUAUUGGGAAGGCACGGCUAAACAACAUCACCAACAUUGGUCCACUGGAUAUGAAACAGAUUGAUUAUAUGGUGCCCACAGUCAUACAAGAUGAAAUGAGCUACAUGUAUGAUUUCUGUACCUUAAUAUCUAUUAAAGUUCAUAACAUAGUAGUCAUGAUGCAAGUGACUGUGACAACGUCUUACUUUGGCCAUUCUGAGCAAAUAUCCCAGGAGAGGUACCAGUAUGUAGACUGUGGAGGAAACACAACUUACCAGCUGGGCCAGUCAGAAUAUCUAAACGUACUUCAACCUCCACAAUAGAAGUGGCAGUGUGGAUAAUGUGGAAAGGAGAUGGCUGUUCAUCCUGCCAGAGUUCAUCUAAGUAGAACUGAUCAGAUUUGUUACUUGAAGGGGCGGGAGACUGUGGAUGGGAAGUUGAUUAGCAAUCCUAAAUGCUUAUUCAGUUAUGAGAGGAGGCUGGGAUAAGAUGUAAAAUGUAUAUAGCCACAAUUAAUGAACAUUGCGUAUCCCCUUAUGUUUACUUUUAUAACAUACUGGCAUUUCUAUCAAAUUGUUUUGCUAGAAAAAAAUGUAUGAAAUUUAAGUACAGCAGUUGUCAUCUUAUAGCACAAUCAAUGUUCAUUAUCGACACUUUCAUCUAUCCAGCUAGACAUAUGCAUAUUUGAGAAAAAGGACAUCUACAAGUUAAAUUAUACUCCAGUUCUUACACUUUUAGUUCUCUUUUUCUUUUUUUUAACUACCUUAACAAUAUCACGGGUCAGAUUUUUCUAGUUAAAUAGUGAGUUUCCUUCUCAGUGUCUGUAUGCAGUACUUCAUAGAUUUGGAGGCUGGAAAGUUGUAUUAUCUUUUUGUUUGUUUUUGGUGGGCUUUGUUUUAGUUGUUUUGGUUUUGGAAUUCCAUUUAUUUAGCUGUAUUUCCGUUAGCUUGCUGCAGUACUUAUGCGCACACAGAUCUCUUGGAUGGGAUAAAAGUUUUACUUGAAUGUGGACUAUAUUAUAAAGCGUAUAGUUACUGCUUGUUCUACCAGGGUUUUGUUUGUUUGGUUAUUUUUGUUUUGUUUUUUUAAAGUAAAAAUCUAUGUUGUAUGUUGGACAAAAUUAAACUGCAGGCACACAAGUUUAAUGAGUUUAAAUAUAUUGGGCAUGUCUUGAAGUGUAGUUCAGCUGGCAGUAUUUACCGGAAUCUCCCUUGAGCUCUUUCACUUCAUGUCAGAUUUAAAGUAAUUCUCUGAGAACAAAGUAAUGUAUCCUUCCUUGCCCUCCCUGGCCCCUUUAAAGUAUAGGUGAUUUACGUAAACAGGAACCACACUGGAAUUCUUGUAACCUUUCUCAUGACAAAAUGCUGUCUUCUCGCUGAGUAAAUGGCUUCUGUAAAUCCCUGAAUGUCAGGUUCAAAACGUCACAUUGUGACAAGCAUAAUAUAAUUUCAGAUCUUUAAUGCCUUUUGAUUGGGGGAGGAGGGCAGAUUAUCUUUUGAUCUCAAGUACCAGAACCUUUUUCUUUAUUUCUUUUUUUUUUAGUUAGAAAUGAUGACUUCUAAAUUUGGCUAAUUAGUAACGGAUCAUGUUUCUUUUGAGGUCAGUAUUUUGUAAUGAACAGGUGUGAAGGUUUUUAUGUCGCCUUCUCUUCCAGUGUAGUUUCUUAAAAAAUAAGGACAGUCUAGUUAAUUGGCAAUGAAGUAUUAAAUAUCUUAAAGAAGGCAAUUUAAGUAACCUGUUUCUGGUAGUGUCUGAAGUUUGAAAAUAUUGUAUCUUUUUUACAAACCUUUUGUCAUACAUGGAGCUAAAUGUGACACGUGUGUUUAAUUUAAAACAUGUUCUUAAACAUUUUUAUACAUCAGUAUUGAUGCCCCUUGAUCCUGCUAGGGGUUGUGAGAGACUUCAGUUGUACCUGUGUAGGUCCCUUUUUCAAUUUUGGAGCCAAAAUAAUCAGUUCUGUAAAUAGUGCUGGUUAGUUCUCAUUGAUAGAAUCAGUGUGUUAAGGUGUACUUUUUUUUUUUUUUUUUAAGUGUCUUUUGGUUCUGGAGUGGUCAAGAAGAAAGAGUGAAUCUUUACAAUCAUAAAUAAAAAGCUUCUAUUGCAGCCUAAUGCAGCCAGAUGUAAUUUAAAUGCCUUGAUUGUGGCCAUCAGUAAAGUAAAAUCUGGUGCAGGGAUGGUCCAGCAUUGGCCUUUUGUUUCCUCUGAUCCAGGCUAGCUGUGUUUUGAGUCUGAGGACAGAUGUAUAGAAAGUCUGGCCAAGCUUAUAUUGCCAGCAAUAGGGAAUAUUGUGAAAUUAGAUGCUGUGCCACAUCAGUGUCAUCAGAGGAGGUCCCUAUCUGGAGUAGGAAAGAGAAGCCUUCAAGAUCUGGUUAUGAUAGAUGUAGUGCUAAAAUGCUCCCUGCAUGUGGUCCCACGUUUUUCCCUGAAUUUUUGAAGUAGGGAGAAAAUGCCCUUUAAAAUUAGGUGGGUUUAGGAUUAAUAUAAAUCGCACCCUAAAAUGGGUGAAAAACUGGGAUAAAGUGUACAGAAAACUGAUUUAUUCAUAUGGGAACAGUAUUGAAAACUGACUAAAUAGAGGGCUUUUAUACUACUACAUACAUACACACUUUGUCGCUGCACUAGCAAUUCAAGAGUACAGAAAGAGGGCAAUGAAGCCUGUCCCACAACAAUUUGGUAAACAUUUGAAUUAACUGAGUAAGAUUCAGGUUUAAUGAGAUGCCCAGACUUUUUAAGUUUUUUAUCUUUUUAUGAAUUGCUUGGUAUUAGCUACUUUGGAUAUGUUGACUUAUGGAAAAUGCUGCUAUACUAAUAUGUAUAACUUACUGAAUUCAUUUGUAACAUCUCUGCAUUCAGUAGAAUAAUCCAGUUAGGAAUCUGUUGGUUUAAGUGGCCAAGAACUGUUCUUCAGUUGCCUAAGGACUUGAUCCUACACCUUGAUAACUGAAAAGCCCUGCAAAAUCAGAGGCUUGAAAUAGUGCAAGAAAUUAAGACUGCAAAGCUUUAUAUCUUAAUUUUUUUUUUAACUGUACUAUAAGCUGUUUGUCUCAUGUAGUCUAUCUUUGCAAAAAUGCUGGUAAUACAGUAAUGUUCAAUGAAAGACUAAAGAGGGUUAAAAGCAAAACUUGGCUUCAGUUUUAUCUGAAAAAAGGAUAUAGAACAAAUGGGACAUUUCUUUGUCUCCAUUGAAAUGUAUUUCAUUUGGAAUAUAUGGAUUAAUUAUCAACCUUGGACAUAUCGUAUAAGAAAAAAGGCUAAUAUGUAAACUAUAAACUACAGGGUAUAAGAAUUGGUACUGGAAUUCUUUAAGUAAAUGUGACUUGUGCACAUACAACAUCUAUCCUAACUGGAUUGACUUUUUUUUAACCUAUAAUAUUCAAUUAUGUUAACAAGUGCAAGGCUUUCUCAAGCAGAGCUCAUUAGAUUGAAGAACCACUGUUUAAAUUUAUCCUUAGGCUGUGCACCCUUUUGGUUUUGUUUUUAAUAUUUCAAGAAUAAAUCUGAGAAGGUAGAUAGUAACUGCAGUUUCCCACUCAUCCUAAAUAUUCACAACACUAAAUGUUUUUGUAUUUUGUCUUAAAUAUAUAUUUAUAAUUUGGUAUGUAUUACUUCAGUGUUGCACUGUUAUAUAAGAAAUCUGUUCCUGGUGUAGCUUGUCACUUGAAUUUUCAUAAUUGCUCUGUAGCAGAACUGUUGCACUUUAAAACUGGAAAGUUCUCUUUGUUUUAAAGUAUGACUGUCCAGGUGAGGUACUGUAGUGACUUGAAAGAAAAAUGUGUAAUGUCUCGCUUCUUAAUACUUUCAAAUAUGCAUAUUGUAGAGACAGCUAAUUUUAAGGCCGUAGUAAGCUAUGUAUGGUACAUUAAAAAGUAAAUAAAGUAUUGGGCACUUUGAUCCAUGUUCCUCAGAAUUGCAGCAGCCUGCCUUGCCCUGCUUUCCUCUGGGCUGACCCAAAGCAGUGUGGGGUGAGGCAGGGGCAUUUUGCCACAGCAGCGGUGUUCCCAAGCCUUCCCCUGUGAUGCAGCCUGCCUUGCCCAGCACUGCUCUGGGUCAGCUGGACAGUAGAGGGAGGGGGGAAUCAGGAGUUUGGCUCAGGAAAGCUGCUCCAUGCCUGGAUCCCAACUGUAUGGCUUCCCCUUGCCCAUUGUUCAAUCUUCUAAGAGAAACUCUUCCAGGGGCAGUUUUAACCCUUGUUGUUCCAUGGUUUUUGUCUUGUUUUUUUUCCUGGAACAGCCAUUUUUGCUGUGUGAGAAACAGCCUGAAUACAUUCUUGGUUUCUAUUGGUAUUUCUAUUGGUAGAACAGUGAUUUCUCCUGGUUAGAAACUGAACAUCUGUACCUAGCCUAAAAGAUUAUACAUAAUCCUUACUCCUCAAUUUCAAAACUACAGGGGAGGAAAGAACCUUCCUUCCUUUCCCUGCUUCUCCUUACCCUGCCCCAUCUUUGUUUUUCCAUCUUAAAACUGUAACAGGUCUCAUAAUUACUUUUCAAAAUUAUGGUGUGGAGAUUAGUAUUUUUAUAGUAACUAUUUGGUAUAAAGUAUAAUGUCAAUUUUUUAAUGCACUUCUGAAGUGUGCAUGACCUUAAUAUUAACAUGACUGUACUACAUUUGUAACUUCUGUUUUAGCAACUUUUUAAACUGUGCAUUAGGUGACUUUGAUACAAAUUGUCUUAGGGAUGUAUUCACUUCAGAAUUCCAAAGUUGUGGUAUGCUUAAGUAUAUAUGACUUUUUUUGGUGUUUAAAAAUGGUGUGCACAGUUAGCAAUUUAAGCAAUUAAGUUAUACAUUUUACACACGUUUUGAUUGUUUAAAGUUGGAUGAAAACAACUGAAGCUUAUUUGGAGUGUUAUCAUAACUACAGAAGAGGCAAGAUUUCAGUUGUUAAAAGCUGAAAAAUAAUUUGCUACUCUUAUUUACAGUGUGUGUGUAACAUCUAAAAAUGUAUAUUAAUUUUGUGAUAAGAUCUUGUUUAAAAUUAACUACUUGCAAUCCCUUUUUGUUGUAUAAAAAUUGCUGUUAACUUCAGUACAGCAAGGUCACAUUUUCCAGUUCAUCAUGUACAUUAUAGUUGCAGGAUCAGGUCCUGGAUUGGAACUCAGAUUAUUUUUGUUUAACACUUUGACAGAUACCACAAGUUUGGCAAUGUUAUUAGGUUUACCUUUUACCUUUUUUUAGAGUAACUAUUAAUUCAGUUCAAUUUACCGGAAGUAAUUUGAAAUGUACAAGACUUAACAAAAAACUGGAGGUUGGGGUUUUGGUUUUUUUGUUUGUUUUCUGUUUGGUUGUGGCUUUUUUUAAAGCACAUAGGUUUAAUGUGAGCAAAUGUAAGAUUAAUCAUCCAGGUUUCUUUUCUCUUCUUUGUUAAAGCUGAUCUUGAACUUUUUUAUUCUCCUCUAAUCGAAAGGUAACCUAUUUGCUGUGUUGUUUCCUACUUGCCUGGUCCUGCUUUGGCACAUGGAUGUUCCUACCAGUUGACUCUUGAUGGGCCUUUCAGGCAAGAGCAGUUUCUAGCUAGUAAGUGAAAAGUGCAGGAUAGAAAUCAAAUAUAAUGGAGCUGUCAAAAACAAAUGUAUUUUGUACAAUGUGCUAAAAUGCAAUCUGUUUUCCAUGGUAGUAGCACCAUAGUAUAAGCAUACUGCCAUUCUUAUUGUUAGUGAUGGGGAACAGGCCUUAAAAUUUUAGAGAUGGAUGUCUAUUGGCACUAAGACUUUUACAGUUAAAUACUAAUUUAGGUAAUUAAUGACAUUGUCUUUCCUUUUGGUUUAGGGAGACAUUUUUUCCACAAAUUUAACCACUGUUGUUCAUUGUAGAGAGAAAAUAUAUAAUUGCUUAAGAUAUAGAGAUGCUAAUGGGUGAUAACUAUUUUUGUAACUUAAGAAUUGUAAUUGCUGUGGUAACUGUGUAGCAAAUCUGUAUCAGUUUAAUACGCAUGAUAAAUAAAAUUUCCAUAUACCAAAAUGUA